AUAAGUCAGUUUUGCUCUUUGUUUGGCUCACUUCCGCAUUUUGUUACUUCAUAGUCGGGAGAUUGGCAGUUGGUAGUACUGUUAUUUUAUAUGACUCUAGGAAACUGAUAAGCAGGCCACACUCCAAAUAAAAAAGAAUUACCCUCUCAGUAUGUCUGAGCCAGGUCCUAAAGUCUACAAAAUUCAGCUCGUGAAUGGUGAUAUUACCCAGCAGAGUGCUGACGUCAUAGUGAGCACAAUACACCGAAGUAAAAAACUGUCGGCGUGCAUAAUCUCACACAACGUGAUGAGAAAAGCUGGGACUAGCCUACAGAAUGAACUCGAUAAGAUAGACGGCGAGCUGUCGAUGGGUCAAGUUGUGAGUACGGCUCCAGGAAAUCUGAGAACCUUUGUUAGCAGCAUCUUUUUUGUUUGUCUCUUGUCUUGGCAGGAAGGAAAUGAUGAGGCACUGAAAUCGAGUGUUACUGAAUGCUUGAACGAAGCGUCAUCACACAAAUACAGAAGCAUUGCAUUCCCUGCUCUGGGCAUGGGAGGGUUCAAGUACCCCCAGUACAAAGUUGCCAUGGCUAUGUGUAAAGCGAUUGUUGACUACUUCAUCCUCCAUCCUUCUACGUCACUGGAAACUGUGUACAUCGUACUUCCGUUUCAUGACCUGAGUCAGCGUGCCUCGAUACAAUCAUUUUUACAAAGUGCUAUGGGAUUUCUUGAGGGUCACAACCACACAGAUCCUGACCAAUCGAAACUUGCGACAGUAAAUGUGGCUGGGGUGGAAGCUUUCAAUGGACUGGAGGGGCAGAGGGUCCGGGCACCAGAAAAUCGAAGUCUACGCCUACCCUCCAUGGCUGCUGUUUCCCAAUCAGCUGUAGACAAAUUGGUCUCCACAGCAACACAACUGCCAUCAUCAGUGGCAAGCUUUGCUGGUAAUCCGAGCCCAAUCACCUGGAGUGUGCAACCAGGAUUAAGAGAUAAAUGGCAUAUUUACGUGACCACGACAGUGGAAAUAGAUUGGUUGACUGCUUUUAAAAAAUGGUGGUCAGCUAGAUAGUAAAAUUGCCACAGAAUCAGGAGCGAUAAUUUUGUUAUCUAUACACCAAAGUGGCUUCGAUAAGUGUGUAUUAUGUAUUUUAAAGUCAAUUUCACAACAAUUGUUUUUCAACUGUUUUUGUCUUAAGUUCUUUAAAAAACAUUUUCAGCACCUGUAAGUGAAAAUAUCAUAUCCUGUUCUAAGUAUGGCUAUAGACUAGGUUUUUUUUCUUUGUUGAUAAUGUAAUUAGAAACAUUGGAUAAUUUUUCUGUAACAACUGCCUCUCCCAUUAUUACUGUAUAAAGUGUAUUAACUAAAAAAAAUAUUUGGAUGCUUUAGUAGUAUUUUGAAAUUUUUUCUUUUAAAAUUGAUGCUUUAAAAACAUCAGUUAAUAAACCGAACCAGACAGGUUUUAAAAAGAUUACAAUUGGUGCCUUGGCUAAUUCUAAAUGAAGUCGUCACUAAGACGUUAGUGCAACAGUUCGCUGGGUCUAAUCGUGACGUCGUUGUUUCCUUCCUUUUUCUGAAAAACUAACAUUUUUAUAACGUGUAUAUUUUGUUGUAAUAUCCCGCUGGAACAUGAGUCUAUGUGGGAAACGAAGUAGAGUUCAUCAGUUUCUGUGACCUCCGCAUACGGAAGUAUAAUUUGGUCAGCACUAUGCCCAGCCGCCUUUACUUUCCCUGACGUAAGUGAGGUACAGAUUAGAGCUGGGUGGACUCAGCGACAUUUUAAAGACUUGAACGCAGAUUCGAACUCGAGACUUUCAAGUUAUUAGUCGUAUGUUCUACCAAUCGGCCACACUGUCCCACACAUUUUAUUGUAUACUUUAAAAAAAAAGAUUUGUUAUUAUUUGCUCGUAUAUUUUAUAUAGUUAAUGUAACAAUAAUUUGGUUUCUGUAAUUAACCAUUAUAAUUGUGCUAAUGUGUUUUAAAUUUUUUUAAAUGCCAAUUUUUCUUUAAUAUUUUCCUUAUUAUUUAGUCCAAGUCUUAAUACAUAUUACAAUAAAAUUAGUGAGAGUAUAUUUGUAAUUGCUUAGGACUUCUUUGUUAUGUUA